CUGUGCUCUGCUGGAAGCUGUGAAACAUGAACUUUCCCUUUAAUUUCCCCUGUGCUCUUGAGUCCGACUCCCUGACACACUGCAGAAGACUCUGCUGUGUUUGUAGGUCACUAAGACUGCAGGGUCAGCCAUUAGCCACCCCCUUUCUAGGCAGGGAUGAUUGUGUUUCCUUCCUCCCUCCAGUAAGGCUGUUCACAAAGCCCAUAUUUCACCUAUGAACAACCUAAGCAACAACAUCUAAUGCAUUUGAUUUUAUAAUUCACCUAACCUAAAAUUUACUCUGUUCCUACUGUCAAGCUACUUAAACUUUUUCCCUUUGUACAGUACAAUAACUUUGUAUUUCAAUUAGAAGAAAUACGGUUUGUAUCUAUUGCAAUGUAUACCUUGGAAAAAUUGAAUCAUUAAAUGUCCAUUUAAAUAAAUGAGUCUUUCACAUUAUAUGUCUGCUCAUUAUUCACAAGAACAAACAGCACAGUAUUGCAAUAAACAGCAGUGCCUUACACUUUUGCUUUUACUACUUACGCAUGGAAGCUGCACAUGUGAAAACUGUUACAGCCACUGAAGACCCUAGCACUAUAAAUAGUGCUCUAUUGUUAGCAGAUAGGAGAUGAAACGAGUCUCACUGAGCAUGGCAUGUCCGAUUAAGCGUUAAGCUCUCCCUGCCAAAAGUGAGAGGCUACAUCAAGUGAUCAACGAGCCUGAGGGUAAGGCACAUGCCUGGGAAGAGUUCGGUCUGACUCCAUAGCUUCCCUCAGGCAACACAAACGCAGCAACUUAUCUUUCUGCCUCAGCAAUGGCAGAAGCUGUUAUAAGACACUGGGUGGAAACUCCUGUACGCUAUCAAGAGCAGUUUGCUGCCCAGGAGCUGGAAGCACACAAACUGGAUCACUCUCUGUAUGCUUUGCCGGGCCCUUCUACAGCAGCACUGAGCAACAGAAGGCGAAUGGUAGAAAGUACAGCUGGGGCCGAGACCAGUGGCCAGGAGCACGGAAACACAGGCUUUCAGGUCUUGCUGGAUGUUGUGCAGUUCCGCCCUGAAGAUAUCAUCAUUCAGACUUUUGAAGGCUGGCUCCUGAUCAAAGCUCAGCAUGGACCCAGGAUGGAUGAACAUGGUUUCAUAUCGAGAAGCUUUACCAGACAGUACAAAUUGCCUGACGGAGUGGAGAACAAAGAUUUGUCUGCACUCUUCUGCCAUGAUGGCAUUUUGGUUGUUGAAAUGAAGAACUCGGUGGAAAUGAAUUAGAACCUUGUCCAUAGUUUAUUGGUGAGAUAAAAUUAUUCUUAAUAUAACAAGACAAUAUCAUUCAAGUAAUGCUGUAGAGUGUAGAA